AUGUGGUCAACUUUUGGUUUUGUAUUUUUUUACACUUUUGUGAUUUCAGUGGAUUCUGGAAGUGUUGGAUUAUGCCGCACAGAAUGUGUCGAACAAAACUCCCGAAAAAUCGUUCGCGUCCAUUUAAAGGACGAUUUGGUGAUGGCUGGAUUGUGCAGCAAUAAGACUGAUUUGUCCCAAGGAUCCAUUGUCACACCAUACGUCUGCCAUAGAAAUAUCGGACUAUGGACUUUGGAUGAGUUGGACCAAGAAGGAAUCGUGAAUUUCGAGAAGCUCUGCCCAACUCCCGAUCAAUAUCCCUACGAGCUUCGUGCCACGUGUCCUCGCCUCAACGAGAAUCGUGACGAGACCCCGAUGGCGUUGGAUGUGGACGAGUACCCGAACUCGUCCGGCGACACUCCAUUAUCGAUUUAA